AUGGCGGCGUCAGUGCAGCAAGACGAUGCCGCGCACAAGGUGAUCAAGGCAAAAAAUCCGACCGAGAACACGCAGACCUUCCAUGUCGGCACCCGGAGAUCCAUCCUAGCCAGAGUCCAGGCCGACGAGGUCGUCAAGGCAUUGCGAGAAGCAUGGCCGGAGCACAACUUCGAGAUUCAUGCCAUGAGCACGACCGGCGACAACAACCAGAAGACCGCAUUGCAUAAGUUCAACGAGAAGGCACUGUGGACACAGGAGCUGGAAGUGCUCCUCGAAAGUAAAGAGCUGGACCUUGUCGUGCAUAGCUUAAAGGACAUGCCGACGCAGCUACCGGUGGAACUGGAGCUGGGGGCUGUCACUAAAAGAGAAGAUCCGCGAGAUGCUUUGGUACUCAAGCCCACGCUGGUCGGAAAGGUCAAGUCUCUCAAGGACUUGCCCGAAGGAUCUGUCGUGGGCACCUCGAGCCUACGACGAACGGCUCAACUGAAGCGUUACUAUCCUCAAUUGCAAUUCCAAGACGUGCGAGGAAACAUUGGCACACGUCUGGGCAAGCUCGACGAUCCGAAUUCGGACUACUCAGCAAUAGUGAUUGCGGUUGCGGGACUCGGGCGACUUGGGAUGACCAACCGCAUCAAUGUCUAUUUGUCAAAGGACAACGGUGGUAUGCUGCAUGCCGUUGGACAGGGCGCGCUCGGAAUCGAAACACGGAAAGCAGAUACUAGGACAAAGGAGCUACUUUCGAAAGUCGGCUGCGAUCGAACGACGAAACAAGCGCUCUGCGAGCGGAUGUUGAUGCGGACGCUGGAGGGCGGAUGCUCGGUACCCAUUGGCGUGGAAACGGAGUGGGUCCCCAAGAAGCGCCUACAUGACACCCACAUUGGUGUUGGAGUCAAGCCCGCCGAGGACUACCACCAUUUAACCGGAGUUGCUACGAAAGAUGGGGAGGAUGUGAAUACGGACGGAGAGCCAGAGUUGACGGACGAGCUUAUCAUGCGAGCGAUUGUGGUCAGCCUAGAUGGCAAGGACAGCGCAGAGGUGGAGACUCGACGCCUGGUCACGACGCGCGAACAAGCCGAGGAGCUCGGGUUUGACGUUGCCAGAUUGCUGGUCGAGAGAGGCGCGGACAAGAUAUUGGAACAGGUGCAAUUGAACAGGGACAUUAUCAAAGAGCAGGGCAACGCGUAG